UUGGCUAUUUUGUGCACUCGGUGUCUCAGGCAAAACAAGGAAGAGAUACAAAUGCUGUCCGUACCGUCCCCUCACCGAAAAUUAAGCAGAAAAUUAUAAGUUAAAAGUAAGCAAGAUUUCUAUCUUUGGUUUAUAUUUUGAUAUAUGGUUCUACAAAUAUAAGCAAUUGGGUUCUCAAUAUUAUUAAUACCCUUCAAUCUCAAACUAAAUUGAUUUCAUAUGAGGCAGUAAUAGCACCCAAAAUUUGAACUUUAUACCACUCACACCCACCAACUGUUUGAUUAUAUGUCUAAGGGAACGGCAACUCUGAUUUAUGUGAGAAUAUUAUUGCUUGUAUAUGCUUUUCUGUGGCAGUAAUAGCACCCAAAAUUUGAACUUUACACCAUUGAACCCACUAACCAUUUAAGUAUUUGGGUUCAAAAUUGGAUAUUUUCAUAUGUAUAAGUGGUGAUUUGGAAAUGGCAACUCGGGUUUAUGUGAAAAAACAAGGAAAUGGGUACUUGAAUUUGGUUAAUUUUCAUAUUGGGAGAAGUUUUUCUCUGUGGUCAAUGAAGAAAGAUGCAGAUCUUGAAGCUGCAUUACAUAGAAACCGUCGAUGGGUAGUGAAUAAUCAGAUUAAAAACAUUAUUAUGAGAUGUCCUAAUCAAGUUGCAUCAGUAAAAUAUUUGCAAAAGAAGUUCAAGACUCUUGAUCUUCAAGGUAAAGCUCUAAAUUGGCUUAAAAAAUACCCGUGUUGCUUUGAAGUCUACCUUGAAAAUGAUGAGUACUAUUGUGGGAUGACUAAAAGAAUGAUGUUUUUGAGUGAAGAGGAAGAGUCUGUUAAGGAUAUGCAAGAACCGGUAUAUGCGGAUCGACUAGCAAAGUUGUUGAUGAUGACCCGUGAUCAAAGGUUGAAUGUUACGAAACUUAAUGAAUUGAGGAGAAAUUUUGGAUUUCCUGAUGAUUAUCUGCUCAGAAUUGUACCUAAGUACCCACAAGUAUUUCGAGUUGUUAACCACACCGGGAGACGGAGUUCGAUGGAGAUUGAACUUACAGCCUGGAAUCCUGAUUUGGCUAUUUCUGCAAUUGAAAAACGGGCUAAAAAGGAUGGUCGAGAGCCAUGUUUUCCGUGCUUGUUGCCUCCAACUUGGGUCAAAUCAUGGGAAAAGUUUGAAGAUUUUAAUUCUAGUACUCCAUAUAUUUCACCUUAUUCAGGACUUGAUAGUUUGGUGGAGGGUUCAAAGGAAAUGGACAAGAGAACAGUAGGGCUGGUGCAUGAAUUACUGUCAUUGACCUUGUGGAAAAAAGCAUCAAUUUUCAAAUUGAGCCAUUUUAGAAGAGAAUUAUGUUUACCGGAGAAACUAAAUGUUUUUCUGCUCAAACAUCCUGGAAUAUUCUAUGUUUCUAACAGAUACCAGAUCUAUACUGUUCUUCUGAGGGAAGCAUAUAAUGGGUCUGAACUGAUCGAAAAGGACCCUCUUAUUGUUGUCAAGGAGAAGUUUGGAGAAUUAAUGCAGGAGGGACUCCAUGAAUAUAACCGCAGACAUUAUCUAUUAAAUUUAGAAAAGAAGAGGAACAGAGGCAUGAUAAUGCCAAAGCCAGAGAAAAGGAGGAACCAAAAAAGCGACGAAACAUCAGAACCAGAUAAGGAAGGAGGAGAUCUAGGUGGCAUAUUUGAUCCGGAAGAGAGGAAGCGGUUUUACAAAGUUCUGUUUGAUGACAAUGCUCCAUAAGCAACGGAAGAAGUAAACUUAUCCAUAAGCUCUGAAUUUCUAUUAUUUCUCUGCUUUGUAGGACCUAUUUUCAAUCUGCCAGUCCUGCUAUCUUACUUUGCACAAUCUAAUGGUUGGGAAAGGGUGAAAUAAACUACUUUCUCUGUCCCAAAUUGUUUUGGUACUUCCUAAUUUUGGCAAUAAUAAAUACCAAAUCAAGAAACCAUAGUUUCAUUCAGAAUUUCAAGUGUUCCUCAACUUCUGUUUCAAUUGAAGCACAAAUCAACAACCUCUCUUCGAAUUUUCUGAAACCUCUACGGACUCCCCAAAGUUCAUGUUUUGUUCAAGAAUUUCUCUCCACUUAUUGGUGCAGCUGCUAGUGGAAUUGCUGGUGCAUUCACAUAUGUGUCUUCACCCACUUGACACUAUCAAAACUUAGCUUCAAAUUGAAGGGGCAUCUGAGAUUUACUGUGGGACAAUUGAUGCCAUUGUCCACACUUUCCAAAGCAAAGUGAUAAUUGAUUUGACAGUAGUGUUUCUGCUGUAAUUUUUGGGUCCACUGCUUCUUCUGCUGUGUAUUUCCGAACUUGUGAGUUUGGCAAGUCAAUCUUGUCCAAAUUUAUUACAAUACCCUUCUGUGCUUAUUCCAUCAACAGCUGGUGCAAUGGUGAAUUUAGUGUCAUCUACUAUAAUGUUGCCAAAAGAAUCGAUUACUCAGAGGAUGCAGGCUGGGGCUAAAGGGAGGUCUUGGCAGGUAUUGAUGAGAAUUUUGGAAAAAGAUGGAAUCUUGGGGUUGUAUGCUGGAUAUAGUGCUACAUUGUUGAAGAAUUUGGCUGCUGGGGUCUUGAGUUAGUCAUCGUUUUGAGUACUUGAAGGCCACAGUAUUGAGUAACACAACUGGGAGCAUUUUUUGCCAUUUCAGAGUGCUUGUUGUGGGGGCACUGGCCGGUGCAAUAUCAGCUUCACUAAGAAACCCUUUGUAUGUGGUGAAGACUAGGUUGAUGACUCCAUUUCAUUCUGAAGCUGCCAAUAAGGUUGCUGCUGCUAUGGUCACUGGCAUCUCUGGGUACUGUGAGACAGAUAUUUAAAGAAGGGUGGUUUACAAGGGGAAUUGGUCCUAGAGUACUUCAUAGUGCUUGUUUUUCAGCUCUGGGGUACUUUGCAUUUGAAACAGCUAGUCUUACAAUUCUGGAUCAGUAUCUGAAGCAUAAGGAGCUAGAGACUUCGGUUCCUGCAGAAAUGCAGAUGCAACCCAGGCCAAUUAGAGCGUAUUAGUAUGGUUCUUAAAUCCAGUUAUUAAACUUUUGGUAAGUGGUCUUCUUUCUUAUUGUUUUCCAAUCAUAUCUCUGUAAAUUAGUGUCUUCACAAGUUGGAACCUUACAAAUUGGCUUGCAAGGAUGUCUCUGGAUUCAGUUUGCUCAUAUUAUUCGGAUAUGUAUAUCUACUUUCCUGCUUCUUUUUUCUCUCUUAUGUAAGACAAACAAUUGAGUGCAGUUUAGUGAAAUUCUGGUUGUGAAGCAGCAAAA